AUGGUUUUGGUCAAUAUAAAAUAGAUGACUGAUCAGAGAGAAAUUUAUGGAGUGUUUGGAAUUAAGGAAAUUUCUGAUACCCUUUAUUUGAUGCUGAUUGAAGAAUGUACUUUGAUGGGUUAGGUCAAUAACUCUAACAUAUUUAGAAUUGAAAAGCUUCUCUACAUUCCAAUAAGCAGAUCAUAGUCAAAUCAAAUAUCAAGAUAAGCAAGACCAUUUAUUCAAAUGAUAGAUAAAAUAGUUGCUGAAAAAGCAUUUUAUUUUUCCUACGAUAUGGAUUUAACAAAAUCAAUCUAGUAGAAUGUAAAGAGCUUUAUUAAAAAUACUAAAUAAUCUGACUUAGAAAAGCUGAAAUCACUUUAUCCAAAUGUUAUUGAAUACCAGCAUAAAUAUGCCUUUAAUGAUCAUCUAUUCAAUGAAAUUCCAUCAAAUGACUAUGCCCCAUUUAUUGUUCCUUGCAUUUAUGGAUUUGUUUAUAUUAAGCCAGUGCAGCUUGAAUCAACAAAACUUAUAUUGACUUUGAUCUCUAGAAAAGAUUGUAGAAGACCUGGUAGAAGAUUUAUUUCUAGAGGUAUUGAUGAAAACGGAAACGUGUCUAAUUAUGUUGAAACAGAGCAUCUUAUUACUUAUUAUGAUCAAUAAAAAUUAAGAGUAGCUUCGUUUGUCCAAACAAGAGGUUCUAUUCCUUUAAUUUGGAGUCAAAAACCAACUAUGAAAUAUAGUCCAGCUGUUAAAGUGAAUCAAAACAUAGAUGAUUCUUUGAAAUACGCUAGAAUCCAUGUCAACGAAUAAAAGGAUUCCUUUGGAGACUAAGUUUUUGUUAAUCUUAUUGAUAAAAAAGGUACUUAACUUAGAAUCGGAUAGUAAUUCACCAGACUAAUAGACAAUCUUGGUGACUAGUAAGUUGAUUACACUUGGUUCGACUUUCAUCAUGAAUGCAGAAAUAUGAAAUAUGAAAACUUGGCUAAGCUAUUGAAUAUUAUCUAGGAUAAAGUUGAUAAUUUUGGAUAUUUCUAAGCAGUGUUAAACUUUGGCUUUGACAAAAGAGAUAAAAUUGAUUAGAACAGUGUGACUAUAAUGAAUACUUAAAGAGGAGCUGUAAGAACUAAUUGUAUGGAUUGUCUAGAUAGAACGAAUGUCUUUCAAUCAGUGUUAAGUAGAUAAGUUUUGCACAAGCAAAUUUGGAAACAAGAAUCAGCAGCAACAAAUGUUUUGAAUAUUCAGCCAUUCGAGAAAUUUUAUCCAAGCCUAGAAGAUUCUUUUAGAGAAGCGUGGACUAACAAUGCUGAUGCUUUAAGUAUACUAUACUCAGGUACUCCUGCAUUGAAAACAGAUUUUACCAGAACUGGCAAAAGAACUCUUAAGGGAGCCUUAAAUGAUGGAAAAAAUUCAGUCAAAAGAUACUAUAUCAACAAUUUUUGCCUUAUUUUCUUGAGAAUAUUUAUGAAAUCAUACUUUCCAAUUGAAGAUAGAAAUUUCAAGUAAAUGAUCUUCCAUGGCAUCGUCUAUCUUUUCAGUUUCUUUGCUGAUGAUGUUUACAAAUUUAAAUAGGCAAUGGUAAAAGAUUUGUUGAUGAGCCUUCAAGACAACUUUGACAUAAAAUCAGAUUAAAUGAUGUUACUUCACUGGUGUGAAUAUGAAGAAAAAAUAGAUUCACAAAAGAAAAUUGAGAAAUGA